CUGCUGAUGGCCUGGGAAAAACAGAGGAAGAUGGAACAUGUGCUUGGGCCCCUGCUACCCACGUGGGAGACCCAGAUGAAGUUCCUGGCUCCCCCAUUGGGGCCGUUUUGAGAGUGAAUCAGAAUGGAAGAUCCCUGUUUCUCUGUCUCUCCCUCUCUGCCCUUCAAAUAAAAUAAGUAAAUCUUUAAAAAAAAAAAUUAAAAAAAACAAGGUUCAAAAUGGAUGGUAUAGAAGAACCUCAGAAAAAAGUCUUUAAGGCUCGUAAAACCAUGAGAGUGAGUGAUCGUCAACAACUUGAAGCAGUUUACAAGGUCAAAGAAGAACUGUUGAAAACUGAUGUCAAGCUGUUAAACGGCAACCAUGAAAAUGGAGAUUUAGACCCAACCUCGCCUUUGGAAAACACAGAUUAUAUUAAAGACAAGGAAGAAGUGAAUGGCAUUGAAGAUACUUGUUUUGACCCUGAAGAAAGUAAAGCAGAAUGGAAAGAAACACCGUGUAAUCUAAAUGUUAAUGUAAAAAACAAGCAGGACGAUGAUUUAAAUUGUGAACUCUUGUCUCCUAGUAAUGCAACCCCUGAACCAGCCUCUAAACUGACCACUGAGCUAGCAUCUGAUGAUCCAGCUUCUGCUGAUCUGACUCCUGGCGAUCCAGCUUCUGGCGAGUCCACCUCUGGCGAGUCCACCCCUAGUGAUCCUUCCUGUGGUGAAACUGCUUCUGGUGAUCUCCCCUGUGGUGAUCCCGCCUCUGGUGAUCCCAUCUCUGGUGAGCCAGGUAAACCAGUCUCUGUUGAACCGGACUCUGGCGAGCCAGUCCCUGGCAAACUGGCCUCUGGUGAGCCAGCCUCCGGUGAUACAGCUUCUUCUGGUGAUCCAGCUUCUUGUGGUGAUCCAGCUUCUAGUAAACCCGCCUCUGAUGAACUGACCUCUGGUGAUCUGGCCUCUGGUGACCUGGUCUCAAGUGACCUGGCCAAGGGUGACUUGGCCUCCAGUGAAUUGGCCAAGGGUGAACUGGCCUUAGGUGACUCAGCUUCUGGUGAACCUGUGUCUAGUGAAUUGACCUCUAAUGAACUAACUCCUGAAUCAGCCCUUGAUUCCAACUUGGAUCCAAGCUCUGUACCAGAUUGUGAACCAUUUCCUGAAACAGACAAUGCAAAGCCAAGCAGCAAUAAAGAUGAUUUUCUUGAAAAAAAUGAGGAUGAUGAAAAGUUAGACCAAAUUCAGAAUAAGGACUCAAUUGAUGAGAAAAAUAAAGCUGAUAGUAAUUGUGAUGCUAAUGAAGAAACUGUAGAAACAGAUGACACAGUGAUUUGUUCAAAUCUACCUCCUGAAAAUGAAAAGAAGGUAGAGGAAGGUCCUUUUACAGAGCUUGCUCUUGGAGAAGAGACCAUAUCUAGCAGUAUGGAAAUUGACCAAAGUGAAAAGAAUGAAGAUGAAAAUUCUGCAGACCUUAUAGAAACUAUUAGUGAAAAUGUUAUAAAAAAUGACAAAAAUGAGAAUAUCUUAGAAAAUACAGAUUCUAUGGAGACAGAUGAAAUCAUUCCUAUUUUGGAAAAGCUUGCACCUGCUGAGGAUGAACUUACCUGCUUUUCCAAAACGUCUCUCCUUCCAAUUGAUGAGGCAAAUCCAGAUUUGGAAGAGAAAAUGGAAGCUUCUUUUGGUUCCCCAUCCAAACAAGAAAGUAGUGAAAGUUUGCCAAAAGAAGCCUUUUUGGUCCUCUCUGAUGAGGAAGAUAUUUCAGGUGAAAAAGAUGAAUCUGAAGUUAUAUCACAAAAUGAAACGUGCUCUCCAGCAGAAGUAGAAAGUAAUGAAAAGGACAGUAAACCUGAAGAGGAAGAAGAACAAGUGAUAAAUGAAGAAGAUGAAAGACCUGAGAAAAAUGAAUUUUCCAGAAGAAAACGUUCUAAAUCAGAGGACAUGGACAAUGUACAGUCCAAACGCCGCCGAUAUGUGGAAGAAGAAUAUGAGGCAGAAUUUCAAGUAAAGAUUACAACCAAAGGAGACAUUAACCAGAAGCUUCAAAAGGUUAUACAGUGGUUACUAGAAGAAAAGUUGUGUGCACUACAGUGUGCUGUGUUUGAUAAGACUUUGGCAGAAUUGAAAACAAGAGUGGAAAAGAUUGAAUGUAACAAGAGGCAUAAGACAGUUCUUACUGAACUACAGGCCAAGAUAGCAAGGUUAACCAAACGCUUUGGAGCAGCCAAAGAAGACCUUAAGAAAAGACAAGAAAAUCCACCAAAUCCGCCUGUGUCACCAGGAAAGUCUACAAAUGAUGUCAACAGCAAUAAUAAUAUGCCCUACAGGAAUGCAAGCACAGUAAGACAGAUGCUGGAAUCCAAAAGAAAUGCAAGUGAGAGUACACCACCAUCUUUUCAAACUCCUGUGAAUACAGUAUCUUCAACCAACCUUGUCACUCCACCAACAAUUGUCAAUAGUCAACCUAAACUGCAGAUUCCAGCAACUUCAGGUUCUCUGACACCAGCUUCAGUUCUUCCUGCACCCAACACAGCUACAGUUGUUGCUUCUACUCAGGUGCCUAGUGGAAAUCCCCAGCCUACAAUCUCGUUACAAUCUUUGCCAGUGAUUUUGCAUGUUCCUGUUGCGGUGUCCUCCCAGCCUCAGCUCCUGCAGAGCCAUCCAGGGACUUUGGUGACCAAUCAACCAUCUGGCAAUGUUGAAUUUAUUUCUGUGCAGAGCCCACCUGCCGUUAGUGGUCUUACCAAAAAUUCAGUAUCCUUGCCAUCCUUGCCAAAUCCCGCAAAACCAAACAACACUCCGUCUGUACCCAGUCCUAGUAUUCAAAGGAACUCUCCUGCCAGUGCUGCACCAUUAGGAACAACGCUUGCUGUGCAGGCUGUGCCAACAGCACACUCUAUUGUACAAGCCACAAGGACUUCAUUGCCCACUGUAGGACCAUCAGGACUUUAUAGUUCAUCAAGUAAUCGAGGUCCUAUACAGAUGAAAAUUCCAAUCUCAGCUUUUAAUACUUCAUCUCCUGCAGAACAGAGUGGCACUACCACCUCAAGAGUUGAAAACCAGACAAACAAAACAAUAGAAGCUUCUGUUAAUAAGAAGGCAGCUGAUAGCACAUCACAGAGUGGAAAAGUGACUGGCAGUGAUUCAGGUGGUGUCAUUGACCUCACAAUGGAUGAUGAAGAGAAUGGAGCUUCUCAAGAUCCCAAAAAGCUAAAUAUUACUCCUGUAUCAACCAUGGGUUCUGCUCAGCCUCUGUCACGACCAUUGCAACCCAUCCAACCAGCACCACCUCUUCAGCCAUCUGGGGUACCAACAAGUGGACCAUCUCAAACAACAAUACACUUGCUACCUACAGCUCCAACCACAGUGAAUGUAACACAUCGUCCAGCUACUCAGGUGACCACAAGACUCCCUGUACCAAGAGCUCCUGGAAACCAACAAGUGGUUUAUACAACUCUUCCAGCACCACCAGCUCAGGCACCCCUGCGAGGAACUGUUAUGCAGGCUCCUGCUGUUAGGCAGGUCAAUCCCCAAAAUAGUGUUACAGUUCGAGUGCCUCAAACAACCACAUAUGUUGUAAACAGUGGACUGACCCUGGGAUCAACAGGACCUCAGCUCACCGUGCAUCAUCGACCACCACAAGUGCAUACUGAGCCCCCACGCCCUGUGCACCCAGCACCCUUACCAGAAGCCCCACAACCACAGCGUCUGCCCCCAGAAGCUGCCAGCACAUCUCUGCCUCAGAAGCCACACUUGAAAUUAGCACGAGUUCAGAGUCAAAAUGGCAUUGUACUGUCAUGGAGUGUCCUGGAGGUGGAUCGAAGCUGUGCCACUGUUGAUAGCUACCAUCUCUAUGCUUACCAUGAGGAACCCAGUGCCACUGUGCCCUCACAAUGGAAAAAGAUUGGAGAGGUAAAGGCACUUCCCUUGCCCAUGGCAUGUACUCUCACCCAGUUUGUAUCUGGCAGCAAGUACUACUUUGCAGUACGGGCCAAGGAUAUUUAUGGACGUUUUGGACCAUUCUGUGAUCCACAGUCAACGGAUGUGAUCUCUUCUUCCCAGAGCAGUUAAACCUUGGAGCUGGAGCCUUUCUCUCUUCCUCUUUGAAAAGUUCCACUUUUUGGUCUUGUUUUUAAUCUUGUGCAUGAUAACCAAUGUAAAAUCCACAUUGUGCAAGAUUUCUUGGAACAGAUGUGUGUAAUACACUACAUUUGUUUAUAACCAGAAGUGAAAUAAACUCAGCCCAUAAAGCAAGAAUCUUUUCCUGGACAAUUCAAGCUUCAGGGUUUUGAAAUGUAAAUGUGUACCUUGCUUUAAUUUUGAGGUUGGGGAAUAUGUGUUGGUGUUCUGUGUUUUUUCUCUAUAUGUUCAUUGCAAUGGAAUUGCCCAUUUUCAUUCUCAAAUUUACCUCUAUUCCAGUAUGAAGUAAUUAGAUCACAGGAUCUGAGGUAUGUAACUGGCAUGAUUCUACUGCUGACGGAUGUGUAGGAUCAUAGUUAAAUGAUUUAAAUGCAGUGUAAACAAAACCCAAAGAAAAAAGCAAAACAGCUAAAUAAUUUAAAGUAGGUUAAUUUGAACACAGCAAAGGAUCUAUUCAUCUUCUUUCUGGCUUGUUAAUUAGUAAAAUAAGAUCUACAGUGGCUCCUCCCUUUCCUGUUUUUUGCAUUUAUUUUGUGCCUUAAUGAUUAAUUGCAAAAUUAGAUAUGGCCAUAUGUCCAUUCUUCCUUUCACGUUUUUUCACCCAGUUCUCCUUUAUCUCCACCAAAUACAGUGCAUGCACACACACACGCACACACCCUUAAGAAAAUUUUCAGCAAAGGCCUUCGUAUAUAUUACUCAUUUGUGGCAUUGCUAAAAUAUUUACUUGCUGUUUUCUUCUAAGAAUAGAUACUUUUAUUUUUGGUCACAGUUUUAAUUCUGUGUUAAAAUGACCAAGAGAAAACUAUAUUGUGGAAGAAAAUUCUCCAGACAUGCUUUGGUAUCUGUGUUACACACUGUGUUGAUAUUAUGGAAGCAAUUGUUGUUCACUUUUUCACCCAAAGUAUAAUACUCUUUCAAAGAAAGCAAAUAGUAAAAUUCACAAAAUACAGUGAGCUAAAAUAAUCAAGGGGAAAACUCCUUCCCCUUUUACAUCACCCUGUCUUAACCUUUAUUUGAUGGUGCCAUAUUGAGUCUGAUUUAGCUGCAUUGGCUAGAAUUUAAAGUAUAUCCUUUGAGAUUAUAUAAAAACAUAACCUGUGUAUCUCCAUUCCUCUCAGAGUUCAUAAAAUUCAGCAUAGGUCAUGGAAUUGCAAUAUGAGUGUCAGUUAUACUUGUGUCAGGUUGUUCUGAGUGUAGAUAGUUUAGGACAGGAAAGCUAAGUUUUUGGGAUGAGAAUAUGGUUGCAUAAUUUGGAAGAAAUUUGCAGUUUGUGAAGUAGCUUUUCAAGUCAUCUUCCUCUAGUUUUUCAACUCCUACAUAUUUCUGUGCUCUCAAAUUGGUCAUUUUCCCACUUCAUGUUAUAGAAGGAGGCUAUCCCUUUUGUUAGUGGUGUUUUAUCUACUUGUAAAAAAUGUUUAGACACUUUUCAGUGGCCAGUGUGCUGUCAACUUAGAAAUGGGGAUUGAUAAUGAAAAAAGCCUACAGAUUGCCAAAAUGUAUAUGCUCCAAACCUUCCUUUCUCAGAAAAUAAGACCACAGUGAGAAUUCAGGUUUUCCAUGAAUUGCAUUUGCCAAUCAGUAAUGUAGAUAUUACAUAUUAUACAACUACUGAUAGUAAAGUAGCCAGUGUCAUAAAAUUUUGAAAAGGAGAAAUUGAUGGUCUUAGAUGUUUGUGAUCACCUAUUUGCAUGUGUGUUAUGUUCUUACCAGCAGUGGUUGCAGUGUUUCGAUCAUUCUCGCCUGCAGAAGAGAAAGCCUGUGUUCCAAAUUAUUUUUUUAUUGGCCAGUUUUAAGUUACACGGUAACAAUUUACCUAUCUACCCUACAAAACUGCUAUUGAAGAACAUUUUCACUAUAUUCAUUAGUCUUUUUUUUAAAGCUUUUAUAGCAUCAUAUACAUAUUAUCAAGUGAGGAAAAGAUUAAUAGAAUGAAAAUCUCAUUAUUGUCAGUCUUCUGUCAAAGGAAAAAUAAAUUCUCAGUUAACCCUAGAAGAUAUACUACAAUAACAGAAUUACAAAGAGAAUGUAAUGUUUAAGGAAAAAAAUAUGUAAGAUGGUGUCCUUAAAAUAGCCUGUUGAUGAGGGCAAUAACAAUUGGAUUUACUGAAAGAUACAAGGCUAGAAUGCUAAGUUGGCUUUUAUUUGGAGGUUUUAAUAUUGAGUGCUUUUUGUCUGUUUUGUUUCUGAUGGGAGAGAAUGGAGGAUUCAGUUAGAAAUUACUACUGAUGACAUUUUAGUAGCAGUUCACACUCCGUGGUUAUCUUUUUUUAGUUCACGGUACCUUUUCAUGAAGUAUUAUGAAUAAGCUCAAUUAUCCCAUUUGGGGAAUGCAAGUUUGCUACAUUUUUAGCCUGAUAAUACUUCUGUAGGUAUUGCCUUAUUGGAAAUCUGGAAGCUUCUGAUAUUUCAACCUGGAAUAUAAGGUGUUUAUAUGGCAUUUAAAGGUAACAGUGAUGUUUGUUACUCUCUACUUUGCACUUUGUCAGAGUAAAUUUCACCCUGUUUUAAGUGUGAGUAAGCCUCUUUUUGAAAUUACGUUGUUAGAUUUAUAAAUUGUGUACAAAGACAACAUGCUGUUAACAGUUUGAGGUAACUAUUUUUUCUUUCUCUGGACUCACUUUUUAAAAUAUGCAGAAUACUGUGUAUUAUUUAACACAGUAUAUAACUUCAUGAGAGAAGUGGAGAGCUUUCCUCCCUGAGCGAAGAAUAUUUAUUGGGAAACCAUUUGCCUCACAGAGAGGUAGUUCCCACUCUCCUUUUCACUCUUGGCAGGUAAGAAGUACCUUGAAAACAGUGACCUAAACAGAGAAGCUUAGAGUCUUAACUUAGGUGCCUCUCUGCAGAAGUCUUUAAAAGCAGGCUGCACCAUUGAAUUUCCUUACCGCAUUGGAGAAGUAUUAACUUAGUUUUCGUUGUUUGCUCUUUUGCUUUAAAUAAUUUCUGAAUUAUCAUUUACUCAGCAAGGCUAGUGUUACUAUCGCAUGAUAUGCAUUUAUCUCAUCCCAUAAGUUCUCCAGUACUGUAUAAGAUCAACAAAAUAAUGCCUGUGGUAUCCUCACUCAGCACAGUGGGGUACUACAAAACUUAUGAAUGUGUUCCGAUUGAACUUCUUGGGCCAUUGUAGUAUCUUCAGUAUCCCAUGUUUUUUGGUUCUUGCUGUUUUAUUGUUGACCCAUGGCUGGCCUGUUUUCUCAUUUCCAGAGAAACCAUGUCCCAGUAAUACAUUAUUGCAGAUAACUGUCUAAAACCAGUGUAUGAUUCUGCCUUCCUCACUUUUUACUGGGCAUACACACACACCAAAAAGCAGAACAAGUCUCAUGGUGUUCCUUGGCAUGGCAGAUUUAUCUAAUUCUGAAAUAUUCAUCCCCUUGAGCCAGCCAGUGGGGAGGAAUAGAAUAAUACAAAUGUAUUGUUUUUUCUUCAGAUGACUUUAUCAUGUUAAAAUAAGCUUUUGUUGUUUUAUUUGUAGAGUCAGCUAAGUACCUAUCAUUUAUAUUUAAAUGUUAUCCUUUUAUUCUCUGAGGGUUGGGUUUUUUUGUUUUUGAUGUGAUUGUUUUUGUAAAUAGGGUAACUGGGCAAUCAAACACCUUUUGGGGAUCCUGGCUUUAGUAUUUUAUUAGUCAUUUCAAGACUAAAUAUUAAAAUAAACCCUUUGUAGGAAACUUGCAUCCUGAUUUUUCUUUAUUGCAAAGUGUAAAUAGUAAGACAAUGUAAGACCUUCCUAAUGUCUAAUAAACUGGGCAUGUUGCCCUAUUUUUAUUAGGUCUUGAAGGUUUUUGUGGGUAAUUUUUUUUUUUAAUGUAUAGUCAAGUGCUGUCUGUGUAAAUGUUAACUGUAGUGGGAUUUUGUCCGGCAAGCCUGAAAUUUAUACUUUGAAAUAAACAACUGGGUUUUUAACAUUC